AUGUUCAAGGUAUCAUGGCUCUUUGACUUUUCGACGCCUGUCAGGCUCGUCGCUCCGCGGGUGGAACGCUCGCCAAUCUUUGCUCUUGCGAUCUCUCCCUCAGCAAAGUUCCUGGCUAGCGGAGGAGAGUACGGGGUACAGUUAUGGAGCCUCAAAGACUACGCGCCGAUAGCCACCCCGAUUACAUCAGGACUUAGGGGACCAACAAGCAGUAUUGCUUGGUUGGAGAGGGAGAUUGGUGAGACCUUGGUGUACGGUACGGCCCUAGGAUGGUUGGGGUGUUGGAGACAAAACUCUACAGAGUUCAAGGAGCUGUGUGCGCAUCGUACGGGUGAAGGAUGUGAAAUUGCGAGUCUCGCGACCGAUGCCGGAACAUGCCGGAUAGCAUCUGCUGCCAGAGACGGUUCAAUCCAAGUCUGGACUUUCAAUGCGGAGGAGAGCCUGAUCUCUCUCUUCUCCGUUCGUCUGGACCGGACAACACCAAUCUGUGUCGCAUUUAAGGACAACACAACCAAGGAUAUCUUCGUCUUCGGUAUCUAUGAUGGCGAACGUUUUGUACUGCGAGGGAACGAUGGCAAAAUCCUUUCUAGGGAGACGACAAAUAUUAUGAUGGGCCGUGUCGCGGUGAGCAGUAAAAGGAGGCAGUAUGUGCUGGACAAUGGCAUGGAUGGCUUUGACGUUCGCGACCUCGAGAACAAUGCACACGUAGUCAGACUGCCCACUGAUCGAGUCAAGGUAUCGAGACCAAAGCAGGUUGCUUUUGCGAACGACGACACGCUCGUCGUUGGAGGAAGCGACCAUGGAGUUAUAUACGUCUUCGAUCGCACGACUGGUAUUGUCCUGGACAAGUAUACCCAUUCCAAGGGUGGGCUCGUGCAGACGAUCGCGACCCACGACAUCGGAGACGAUAUAAUAAUUGCCGGGGCAACGUCAGGAGAAGGCUCUGACCCUUACAUCUCCCUCUGGAGGUAUAAAGUGCCGAGGACCGCGAGAAGUGCCCUCCUGGGAAACGUAGUGGCCACGGCAUACAGCCUGGCACGUUUCCUUCGAGUGUUACUUGUCGCUGUUGCGUAUCUCUGGGACAUUAUAGGAUUCAUUGGGAUUUUCUGCUCGCUGUUUCCGGUAUGGCAGACCGUCUGA